AUUACCACACGGUCCAAGCAAUGAAACCCCCAAUUUCCUGCUGACCAAACACACAAGCGAAGUAGUGGCUUAAAUAAAUCUACCAGCUAUGCUCACAGUAAUCAGUACUCAACACUCUCUUCUUCUUCUUCUUCUUCUUCUUCUUCGUUAUCAGCUUCUGAUUCUUCUUCUCUUCCCUCAUUAGGUUUUCUGCUCUCAGACUCAAGAAUUUUCUCUCUCGUUCUUUGUCUACUUUCCCAAGAAACAAACAGAGAAAGCCCCUUACAGUUUCUGACUUUGGGACCGUGAAUCUUUGGACAUUUUUGAGACUGACAAGAAGAUACAAAGAAAAUCAAAGACCUGUAAUCUCGUUGAAACCUUUGCUUUUGCUGAUUUGAGAUGGAGAGAUCUAGAUCUAAGAGGAACUACUACUACGAUCAUCAGGACUAUGAUAGCGAAACCACCAUGGGCAGGACCAAACCCAGGUACAACAAUCACCAGUACAACCCCAAUACCCAACGUCAUCGUGGCGGCAGCACCACCAUCAACAACAACCGCCCAUCCAAGCAGCAACAGGACCCGUCCUUGAUGGUAACUACCACCUACCGCAUUCUCUGUCACGAUAUAAAAGCCGGUGGUGUAAUCGGCAAGUCUGGCAGUAUAAUCAAGUCCAUUAGACAACACACUGGUGCGUGGAUCAACGUGCACGAGCUGAUCCCCGGAGAUGAGGAGCGAAUCAUCGAGAUAUCCGAUACUCGGCGGCGGGACCCGGAGGGUCGGAUACCGGCUUUCUCGCCGGCUCAGGAGGCGUUGUUCUUGAUACAUGAUAGGAUUCUUGAAAGUGAUGCUCAGUUUCCUAUGAACGGCGGCGGUUAUGGGAAUGAAGAGGAUGAUUAUGGGGGUAGAGGAAACAGAGUGGCUACAAGGUUGGUAGUGUCGAGAAUGCAUGUCGGUUGUUUGUUGGGUAAAGGAGGGAAGAUAAUUGAGCAAAUGAGGAUUGAGACAAAGACCCAGAUUAGGAUUUUGCCUAGAGAUCAUACCUUGCCCCGCUGCGUUUCCAUGUCUGAGGAGAUUGUUCAGGUUGUAGGUGAUGUGAAUGCAGUGAAAAAUGCUAUAGCAAUUAUUUCAUCUCGCUUGAGGGAGAGUCAGCAUCGUGAUCGAAGUCAGGGAAAUUUCCAUGGGAGACUACACUCACCAGAUCGAUUUUUCCCUGAUGAUGAUUAUAUUCCUCACAUGAAUAACACAGCACGUCGUUCAUCUGUCGAUGGGCCUUCAUUUGGAUCACGAGCAUCUGCUACAAAUUACAGAAGCAGUAACUAUUCCUCCCGACAAUCCGGUUAUACAGUUGAUGGUGGGGUUACCAUGAAUGACAGUGCACAGACCUUUUACGGUGAGGACCUUGUGUUUAGAAUGCUUUGCCCCACUGACAAGAUUAAUAAAGUUGUUGGAGAGACAGAUGGCAUUGUAGAUUUGCUUCAAAAUGAAAUCGGUGUAGAUGUAAAGGUUUCUGAUCCUGUAUCUGGGUCAGAUGAGCAAAUUAUUAUCAUUUCAUCUGAGGAGGGUCCUGAUGAUGAGCUAUUUCCAGCUCAAGAGGCGUUGUUGCAUAUUCAAACUCGUAUUGUUGAUCUUGUUCCAGAUAAAGACAAUAUAAUAAAAACUAAGUUACUUGUCUCUGCCAGUGAAAUUGAAUGUUUUGAGGGAAGAGAUGGAUCAUUAUCUGAGAUGGAGAGAUUAACUGGUGCAAAAAUACAGAUCCUGCCAAGGGAAAAACUUCCUGCUUGUGUAUCAGGGGCUGAUGAGCUGGUACAGAUUGAAGGGGAAAUAAAAGCAGCACGAGAUGCUCUUGUUGAAGUUACGUCAAGGCUUAGGAGUUACUUGUACAAGGAGUUCUUUCAGAAGGAUACACCACCGUCUUCUGCACUGAGAAUGGAGUCUGCUUCUCCAAAGAACUUAACCCCAGCUCGUGACGGUCAUAGUGGAGGUGAACCCCCUGCUGCAACCUAUCAGAAUGUGCAGUCUGCUGUAGCAGUGGCACAACAAUCAAAGGAUGCUGGAGGAUCUGGCACUGAAAAAGUGAAGCAGAAUGACAGUGAGCGCCGUGAAGAGGUUCCCACAGCAAUAAAUAGAAUCCCCAAACCACUUGUCACUAGGAGUACACUUGAAAUUGUCAUACCAGACCAUGCAGUUCCCAAGCUUGUAACAAAAUCAAAAAACAAGCUUUCUCAAAUAAGUGAGUUAUCUGGAGCCAAUGUAACUCUCCUAGAAGAUAGACCAGAAGUGACGGAAAAGAUCAUUCAAAUAUCAGGUACUCCAGAGCAAGCAGAGAGAGCUCAGAGCUUGCUUCAGGGCUUUAUAUUGAGUACACAAGAAGAUGGACCUUAAGCUAGUAUACGAAGCGGUUGAGCUGUCUAGAAAUGGAAAGAGCCUCUCAUAUUUAUUUGGAAUCUAAUUUCCUAAACGUACAACCCUGGAGAGUGAAUUGUCUCUUAAUUAGGCAUGGAAUGUUUUGCAUGUCUUGUCUGUUAUAAAUAUAAAUUUUCAAAACCAGUGUUCCAAUGUAAAUAAAACUCAGUGAGCUCUGCCUUUGUUUCAAUGCAAUGCUUCAAUAUUCCUGUAUCAA